CAACACCACUAACUUACGCUGAAACGGUAGGAUUCGAGGUCACGAGGAGUUAAUCUUGGUAGCUGGUGAAGAGUCUUAAAUAUGUAAUAGCAAGCACUUUUUUCCACUUCAAUCACUGCAAGUUAGUGUAUGAAAAAAGGAACUUUUUUCGUUUGGUGUUUUGUUCGGCAGGGAAGAUGUCUCAAGAAGUUAAUACUACUGAAGAAGAAAAUGGAAAAGUCACUCGAAUUAUUCGCAUUGGAACAAGGAAAAGCCAGCUGGCUCGGAUUCAGACAGACAGCGUGGCUGAGAAACUGAAAGAGCUCUAUCCAGACUUGCAGCUAGAGAUAGUUGCCAUGUCAACAGUUGGAGACAAGAUCCUUGACACUGCCUUAUCAAAGAUUGGAGAGAAGAGUUUGUUCACCAAAGAGCUGGAGAAUGCCCUUGAAAGAAACGAGGUGGACCUUGUUGUGCACUCUCUAAAAGAUCUUCCUACUUCACUGCCUCCUGGUUUCACGAUCGGUGCUGUACUCCAACGUGAAAAUCCUCAUGAUGCCGUAGUGCUUCAUCCAAAGAAUGCUGGACUUACCCUGGACAGCCUGCCAGAAAAGAGCGUGAUAGGCACGAGCUCGCUCCGCCGGGCCGCGCAGCUGAAAAAAAGGUUCCCACAGCUGGAAUUUGAAAACAUUAGAGGCAACCUUAAUACUCGUCUGAAGAAGCUGGAUGAGAAGGAGGACUACGCUGCCAUCAUUCUGGCUGCCGCUGGUCUCAAGCGCAUGGGCUGGGAGAGCCGUAUCAGUCAGAUUCUGGGUGCUGAAGACUGCAUGUAUGCUGUAGGUCAGGGUGCGUUGGCAGUGGAAGUGAGGGCAAGAGACAGAGACAUCCUCAAGAUGGUGUCUAUUCUCCACCACCCUUGUACUGUGCUGCGCUGCAUCUCUGAAAGGGCUUUCCUUAAGCAGCUGGAGGGAGGCUGCAGUGUUCCUGUUGCUGUCUACACAGAAGUAAAGAACUCUGUGCUCUAUUUGACAGGUGCGGUUUACAGUCUGGAUGGUGCUGACUGUUUGAAGGACACCAUGCAAACCAAUAUCGAAUUAGAUAACAUGGUGCAUCACAGCGCAGAGGAGCGCGCUCAUGUUGGAGUCACGGCCAACAGCAUAUCGCUGACAGCUCUGGACGCUGCAGAGAAACUGGGUGUUGAUCUUGCCAACCUGCUGCUCAGUAAAGGAGCCAAGGACAUCCUUACCACGGCCAGACAGCUUAACGAUGUCCGAUAACAGCUUUGUUCAGCUGCUAGCCAACUGAUCUACAUGAUACACUUAACACUGCCAACAUAAUAAAUGCAUACACACAUGUUUGAAGUGAAGGGCAUAACAGUAUGAUUAUAUACCUCGGUCAUCACAACAUGUUUUCCAGCACUGAAUGCACUGAAGUGAUGAUAAUUAUUUUCAGUGCCUUAGAAUGAAAACAAACCAUAUAUACAUGCUCAUGAUUCCUUGACUUCCAUGUCAAAUAACUUUCUCAGGUGCCUUCAAAAAAAAAAAGCUUCUUUAUCUAUUCAAGGCUUCUGAAACAGGGUUUUACAUACAAUGUUGAGUGCAGCUGUUGUUCAGUAGGUCUGAGUUCUCUGUAACAUUAUUCUAUACUUAAACUACAGAAUAUAUAAAGAAAUCAGUUUUAGUAGGUUAUACAUUUUUAUUAUUAAGUCAUUAAGCAGGUUGCAGCUUUUAUAUUUUCUUAUAUUCCAUUCAUUUCUAUGAACCUAUACUUUCUACACUCAUUGCAGUAAUACUUCUCCAUAUUAGCUGACUUGGGCUUCUCUGUAUUCGUUGUUGCCUUUUAAAAACCUUUACACAGAUCAAAGGUGCCCAAAUUUUCAACAGCGAUCAUUAAUAUAGUUGAAAGAAUAAAUCCUUUAAAUGUGAACAGAGGAACACAACAGUUUUGAUUGCAGUUGUACCUAAUUUGCAUGGAACAAGCUGCUAAAUACAGUAAGCUGUUUAAGCAUGUAGAAAUGCUAGCAGAAAGAAAACAACCUAUAAAUGACCAUUUCUGGUCCUACAAAUUGUAUUUACUAAAAUAACAGUAAGAAUAUGAACAUCUUAUAUGUAUUGAUUCAUUUUGUGACACACAAGUCAGCUGGAAACAACAGUAGCUCAGUAUAUGAUUUUGAUUAUUAUGAUGAGUAUUAGUACUACAGUAUGUAUAUUAACCCCCAAUCAAUCAUUUGUGCCUUAGUUAUCCAUAAAAAUGGAUGAACAAACAUUAAUGCAGCAAUUUUGAUUUAUAUCUUUGCCUACAGUCGUAAAAUGUAGACAGCAAACAUUCCAUGCUUAUUUUAAACCAAGUAAGAUGACUUUCCCCGGAUCUGGUCCUUUAAUGCAGGGCUGGAAUGGGUUCAGGAAGUAAACAGGACUAGAAAAGCUGCAGGCUGAGACUCACUGUUCAAUACUGAAUCAUUUAUGGGUUUGGUCUGAUGCCACUAAGCCCUUUAUAGUGCCUUAAUGUGAUCAUACAAUCUGUGAAAUGCAUAUGAAACUGAAAUUAAAAAGAUGUUUCUUUGCCCA